AUGCUAAACGAUUUUAAGAAGCAAUAUCCAGAUGCCUACCGUAUAUCAAAUGCGUUACCCCAUCUACCAUUUCCCUGGCUAGAAAAGCCAAACGAGGGUUAUAAGGAUGUUACCAAUCAUCUUUACAAAACAACUACUCAAUUGGCAUUUGAGGUGUCCCCAUUUGAUAAAAAUAUUUUUACUGAACAAUAUUAUCCACUUGCUACUUUGGAAAAAUCUGCCGAUCAAUUUUUUAUACCAAACUAUAAGCAAGUUGUUGUGGGCAAUGCAAGAAGAAAUCCGUCUCCCAGCAAUGAAGAUGGCAAAGACAAAGCCAGGAAAAUAGCAGUCUCCGAUUGCAUUGAAUCAGCCAGACCCUUACUAGACAGUUUGAAAAGAAGCGGACUACAAAGUUCGUCCAAAGUGGAAGACGGUGCAAACGACUUAAGGCAAUGCCAGAACAGCAGCGUUAUGCAACACCGUAGAAUGCAGAUCGCAGCAUUUAAAGGAGAACUCGCUAAGAGACACGAAGCCGAAAUCUCAGGACGCAUGAACGACCCUCCCUGUGACCUUCUGGGUACGUACGUGGGAAGAAUAGGAACGGCCGUCCCGCCAAACUGGCAACCCAGAGAUCCACCGACGGAAGUGGAGCGUGUAAACAACGAAAAUACCAUUUGGGAGAGGGCAACGAAUCUUCCCAAACCUACGUGUUUAUGCUGUCACAGAUGCACUGUAGCCGAGCAUGAAUGCGCAUAA